AUGGAGACAGCAGUGAGAAAAGCAACACGUUUGGAAUACCAGCCUCCAAAACGAAAGCAUUUGGAUACGCUCGUUGCUUUGACACACCAAAGCCCGGCCAAUAUUGAAGAUAUCAUGCACACAUUAUCCAAACGAAUGAAAGAGACUUCAUGGAUUAUUGUAUUCAAGGUGUUGAUUAUCAUUCAUACAUUAAUGCGGGAAGGUGCUGAUGACUGUGCAGCAAGCUACGUGUAUCAUCAUCUCGAAAUCUUGGAAACAAACAAGUUGCGUGACAAGUCGUCAACCCAUACUCAAGUACAGAAUAUCCGCAUCUACAAGGAAUAUCUUGCACGACGUGCAGAAGCAUAUGGAGAGUUGAGAAAGGAUUUGAUGAAACCACCCAAUGGGCAAAAGGAAGGAAGGCUACGACAUCUUUCAACGUCGAAUGGAUUGCUCAAGGAAACACAGGUGCUACAAAAACAAAUUGCAUCCAUAUUAAGUACCAAUCUGCUUAUUGAUGGUGUGGAUGAAGCUAUUUGCCUGUACGCUUAUCGUCUCAUUGUCGAAGACUUGCUCAGUUGUUCUCGGUCAUUGAAUGAAGGGAUUGUUAACAUAUUAGAGCAUUACUUUGCCAUGAGCAAACCAGAUGCGCAAACAUCCCUCGGCAUUUACAAGCGAUUCACCAAGCAAAUCGAGGACAUCAUUUCAUACUUGAAUCAAGCACGACGGCUACAAUCCGAUAUGCAGAUUAACAUUCCUAAUUUGAAGCACGCACCUUUAUCUCUGGCUACUGCAUUGGAAGAAUAUCUCAAUGAUCCCAACUAUGAAGCACAGCAGGAGGCAUAUAUACGAAAAAAGAACAAUCCUGAGGACACCAAUAAUCAAGAAGCACCCAAACCUGUACAACAACAACAACCAUCAUCUUCUGUCACCACCACCACUACCACUACCACUACUACCAAUAACCUGCCAUCAUCAUCACAACCACCAUCAGCUACACCUAAUCAAAGCCUUGAUGAUUUCUUUGGAAGUAUACAAAAUCAACAACAAACGACAUUCAUGCAGCAACAACAGCCGUUGACGACCGGUAGCAUGGGCUUUGUCCCUUCGCAACAAACAUCAACAUUCAUGGGCAGUCCUCAGCAACUAAAUCCUGUUACAAUGGCCAACACGGGUGGUUCACAUAAUCCUUUUCGUAUGUCAACUCUUCCUCCCCAACCCACUGGAAGCCUGCCCUCAUUACAACAACAACAACCUUUUAAUCGAGCCAAUUCAAUGAUGAUUCCAAGUCAUCGUACUGGACCUGCACAACAACAAACGACCACCACUUCCAAUCCAUUUAGAACAAUGCAGCCCUUACAAGCACAAAUGACAGGUUGGCAACAACAACAACAGCCACAAAUGACAGGUGCAUCAACAUCAUUCAUGCCGCCCACGCUUCCUUUGCAACAACCCAAUCCAACUGGAUCAUCCAAUCCUUUUGCAUCAUCUAAUCCACCAUCGGCUGCUUGGGGAAGUACCACAUUUUAA